AUGGAUAGAAUUAAAUGGUGUCUCGACAAGUUGACAGUGGCACAUGAGCCCGGUCUCACCAAUGCUCAGCUGAUGUUAACCAACGAUGACUUGCGACCAGUGGAGCCUGAACGCCGCCAAUGGACAUGGUUGAACUAUGUCGCUUUUUGGAUUGCCGACUCACUUAAUAUCAACACAUGGAUGAUUUCAUCCUCAAUGAUCAUCGCGGGUCUUUCGUGGUGGCAAGCGUGGAUUUGUGUUUGGGUUGGAUAUUUCCUUGCAGCAUGUUUUGUCUGUUUAACCGGUCGCAUCGGUGCUGUCUAUCAUACGUCCUUCCCAGUGACCGUCCGAGCAUCCUUUGGAAUAUGGGGUUCUCUCUGGCCGGUGAUUAAUCGAGUCGUGAUGGCUAUCAUCUGGUACGGUGUACAAGGUUACAUUGGAGGCGAGUGUGUGACCGUCAUGAUCUCAGCCAUCUGGCCCAGCUACAAGAAUCUACCCAACUCAAUUCCCGCCAGUGUCGGCGUCACAACCAGGGAUUUCGUCAGCUUCUUCCUAUUUUGGCUUUGUUCCUUGCCCGCUCUAUGGUUCCCUGUGCACAAGGUGCGCCACUUGUUCACAGCCAAGGCGAUUUACUCGCCGAUUGCUGCUAUUGCAUUCUUCGCUUGGGCCAUUUCAAGAGCCCACGGCAUUGGACCUAUUAUUCACCAGCCCAACACCGUCCAUGGAAGUACACUGGCAUGGCAAGUCGUCACUGGAAUCAUGACGUGCAUUGGUAACUUUGCGGCUCUCAUCAUGAACGAUCCUGAUUUCUCGCGAUUCGCUCGUACACCAAAAGAUGCUCUGUGGUCUCAGCUCUUCACCAUUCCCAUCGGAUUUGGAAUCACAUCAUUCAUCGGUAUCAUUGUGUCCUCCUCCUCUACAGUGAUCUAUGGCACACAGGUGUGGAGCCCGCUUACCCUGCUGGACAUGUUCUUGGACGGAGCGAGCUCUGGACAGCGCUUCGGCAUUUUCAUCAUCGCCCUGGGAUUCACCCUAGCCCAGCUGGGAACCAACAUUGCUGCCAAUUCUGUGUCUGCCGGAACCGAUUUGACGGCCCUGCUGCCCCGAUACUUGAACAUUCGACGCGGUAGUUAUAUUUGCGCAGCUAUCAGUUUGGCCAUGUGUCCGUGGAAUCUUGUCACCGGCUCCAGCGAGUUCACUACUUACCUAUCCGCCUACUCCCUCUUCCUCUCUGCCAUCGCAGGACCUAUGGUCUGUGAUUACUACGUCGUUCGCCGCGGCUACCUAGAUAUCAAAGCCCUUUACAGUGCCCGCAACACAGACCCAUACUACUUCACCUACGGGUUCUCUUGGCGCGCCUAUACCGCCUACAUCUGCGGCAUCCUAAUCAACAUUGUCGGAUUUGUCGGCCAAGUCGGUCCUGAAGUUCCAAUUGGCGCGCAGUACAUCUACAACAUCAGCUACUUUUCCGGCUUCAUCGUUUCUGGUGGCAUGUACUGGAUUCUCUGCCUCCUCUUCCCUAUUCCUGCAACAAGCGACAAGUGGAACGAAGUUGAUAUCGAUUACGAGGACGUUACCGUUGCGUACGGACAGGAUGUGACCGAUGGGGAAAAUGUUCCCGGUUAUGGACAGCGGAGAUCCAUCUCGGACUCGCUACCCUCCGAUGAUCAGAAGGGACUCAGCUCUGCUUCGAGGAAAAUCCAGUACGAGACUUGA